UAAUUCGAAUCUAAUGUUCGCAUCUGCAAGCGUUCAACAUACAAGGAUUUAUUUAUUGUUUUUGCAAAAUGUAACCGAUGUAAUACUGUGUAACGAGUCUCUCUGCAAAAUGUCCAAUGAUAAAGAACAUAACUUGAGCAUCACAUGGCAUGACAGUGCUUGGAUUCCUGUACUGAAUGCCAGUAAUGUGCUGGACUACUUCAGUGAACGGAGUAAUCCAUUUUAUGAUAGACAGUGUAACAAUGAGAUCAUUAAGAUGCAGAGGCUCAGCCAAGAUCAUCUCAUGAACAUGACAGGGACGGAGUAUGUUGUUCUACAUGUCCAAGAACCAAUCCUGUACAUUAUAAGAAAACAGUAUAGACAUAGUCAACAACAUGUUACUCCACAAGUGGACUAUUACAUCAUUGCUGGUACAGUGUAUCAGGCCCCAGAUCUGAGCUCCGUGUUAAACUGCAGGCUGAUUAACUCAGUGCACAACUUACAGUCCGCUUUUGAAGAAGCUCAGUCAUUCUCCAGGUACCAUCCAUCAAAGGGAUAUUGGUGGGAUUUCAACCAACAGGAUCAUUCUGAUAAAGAUGAUAAAAAGAAGAAAAAAGAUGAACCAGGCUCAAUGUUCCAGAGACAGAGAGUAGAUUUACUCCUAGGGGAACUUGCCAAAAAAUUUCCACCAAAGUUUGUGGCUCCAACACAACCAGAGGCUAAAGUUGAAGAUACUGUGAAAGUGGAACCAAAACAGGAUGUGAAACAGGAGAAACCAGUAACCGACAAACAGACAGACAGCACUACGAAACCGCCACCUGAUAAGAAACCGAAACUGGCAAGAUGAUGUAAAGUGUUUUAAUUGGUGCAAAAAAUGCAUUGGAAUGCAGAUAAACUGUGUAUAAACUAAGGGAGAGAACUGCUAUGAUGAAACACAAGGAAGUAGACUACUUACUUGUACAUCUAAUACGCAAGUUCAAAAGAAACAUGCUCAUCGCAUGCUUUAACAUUAGUCUUGUAUAUUACUAUGAUGUGUGAAAGAUGUGAAAAGAUUUAGGUCAUGUAGAUAAGGUUUUUUCCUUAUAUGAAAUAAUGGUCAAAAUCCCCUUAACCCCUCCUUACCCUUCCUUCAAGCAAAAUAAUAUCUGCUCAGUUUUAGCAAAAGUGGAUAAAAAUAUACAACUUAUCAUAAUUUUCAAUUUAUUAAUCCCCUGCAGUGGCGGAGGGAUUAUAGGAAUGGUCUGCGUCCGUCUGUCCUUCCGUCCGUCCUUCCGUCUUUCCGUCCUUCCGUCCGUAACAAAAUCGUGUCCGGUCCAUAUCUCCUAAACCCCUUGAAGGAUUUUCAUGAAACUUGGGUCAAAUGAUCACCUCGUCAAGACGAUGUGCAGAACCCAUGAGUCAGCCUUGUCGGUUCAAGGUCAAGGUCACAAUUCAAGGUCAAAGGUUUGAGCCUGCCAUUUUGUGUCCGCUCUAUAUCUCCUAAACCCCUUGAAGGAAUUUUAUAAAACUUGGGUAAAAUGAUCACCUCAUCAAGACGAUGUGCAGAACCCAUGAGUCAGCCGUGCCAGCUCAAGGUCAAGGUCACAACUUAGGGUCAAAUGUUUUGAGCCUUCCAUUUUGUGUCCGCUCUAUAUCUUCUAAACUCCUUGAAGGAUUUUCAUGAAACUUGGGUCAAAUGAUCACCUCAUCAAGACGAUGUGCAGAACCCAUGGGUCAGCCUUGUCGGCUCAAGGUCAAGGUCACAACUCAAGGUCAAAGGUUUGAGCCUUCCAUUUUGUGUCCACUCUAUAUCUCCUAAACCCCUUGAAGGAAUUUUAUCAAACUUGGGUCAAAUGAUCACCUCAUCUAGACGAUGUGCAGAACCCAUGAGUCAGUCAUGCCAGCUCAAGGUCAAGGUCACAACUUAGGGUCAAAGGUUUGAGCCUUCCAUUUUGUGUCCGCUCUAUAUCUCCUAAACCCCUCGAAGGAAUUUUAUAAAACUUGGGUAAAAUGAUUACCUCAUCAAAACGAUGUGCAGAAAUUAUGAGUCAACCAUGCCAGAUCAAGGUCAAGGUCACAGGUUUGAGCCUUCCAUUUUGUGUCCACUCUGUAUCUCCUAAACCCCUUGAAGGAUUUUCAUCAAACUUGGGUCAAAUGAUCACCUCAUCAAGAACUCAUGAGUCAGCCAUGUCAACUCAAGGUCAAGGUCACAACUGAAGGUCAAAGGUUUCAGCUCUGUAUCUCCUAAACCCCUUGAAGGAUUUUCAUGAAACUUAGGUCAAAUGAUCACCUCAUCAAGACGUUGUGCAGAAUUCAUGAGUCAGCCAUGUCAGUUCAAGGUCAAGGUCACAGCUAAAAUGAAGGGUUUACCCUUUCACUAUCCAUAGCAGUGGCGGGGGAUUUAGCUGUCUUUCAGACUGCCUUGUUCUAUUUAGAAGUGGAUAAAUAUCCCCUUAAAAUGUUAUUUUUCAGAUAUUGUUGAUUCUUUUAAUUUUACAAAAUGAGAAGGGGGAUUUGUGCUCUUGGUCUGGAGGAAAUUUGUCCUACAUUCUCUACAUAUAUAUAGAUAAGAGUCUGAAAUUUCAAAAUUAUAAAAAAAUGAUUAAUUUUCAUAAUUACAUGCAUUUGCUAAUAAGUAGCUGGUAUUUGAUAUACGCCCAAAGGGAUAUAUUAUGUUAUACCCCCUGUGUCCGUCUGUCUGAUAGCAAUUUCGUGUCCGCUCUGUAACUCUUGAACCAAAGGAACUUGACACAAAUGUUCACUGUAUCAGGACGACAUGCAGAGUGCAUGUUCUGGAUGGCUUGCUUCAAGGUCAAGGUCACACUUAGGGUCAAAGGUCAUAUAAGUGUGUUUUCGUGUCUGCUCUGUAACUCUUGACCCCCUUGAAGGAUUUCAAGGAAACUGGACAUAAAUGUUCACCACAUGAAGACAACAUGCAGAGCGCAUGUUCUGGAUGGCUUGCCUCAAGGUUACACUUAGGGGUCAAUAGGCGAUUGAGUGUGUUUCAUGUCUGCUCUGUAACUCUUGAACUGCUUGAAGGAUUGUGAAAAAACUUGGCACAAAUGUUCACCACAUCCAGACGACAUGUAGAGCUCAUGUUCUUGAUGUCUCGCUUCAAGGUCAAGGUCACACUUUGGGGUCAAAGAUCAUCACUCUUUAACUCUUGAACCUUGAAGGAUUUCGAAGAAACUUGAAACAAAUGUUCACCACAUUGACACGAUAUGCAGAGCGCAUAUUCUGGAUGGCUAGCUACAAGGUCAAGGUCACACUUAUGGGUCAAAGGUCAUACCUUCGGGCAUAUAUUGCUCUGCAUUGCAGUGCUCUUUGCAUGUUCGUAACUAUAUAUAUACUAUUUAGACAUGAUAAUUAAUUAUCGAGGCAUAAAUAACACCCCACAAUUUCUACUGAAAGGCAAUACAUAUUUAACAAAUUUGUCAUGUUUGCCUCACCUGACCUUGAAUGAAUACAAGGGGUAUUAUCAUUAUCAUCUUCCUUGCUCAUGUUCCCAUUUUCCACCACAUUCUGGAUGUCUUUCUUGCUCAUGUUCCAAAUAUUGACAACAGACUUGUUUUAAUUCAUAAAGAGAAUGUAUGCCAGUAUUGUCAUACAGAUAUUGAUAUUACCUCUUUUGUUGUCUUACUGAUAUGCCUAAAUGCAGAAAAGAUGAAUAAAAAUAUCAAACUGUAA